AUGGAGAGCUUCGUGCCCGUGGCGAUCGUGCAGAAUCUGCUGCAGGCCGACGAGGCCCACCGCGACUGCGGACCCCGGGCGGCCCUCGAGCGGGUGCGCCGGAUGAUGCGCGAGCUCGGGCCCGAGUCGCCCGAUCCCGUGGACGAGCUGCUCGGCCAGCUCUGCGCGAAGAUCCAGGAGAUCGACGGCCGGUCCGCACAGUUGCACGACAAAAUCAAGUGCGUCGACGAGCGUCUGUUGAAGGGCCGCGACGAGCUCUCCAACCUGGAAAAGAGCAAUCGCGAGCUCGAGCAGCAGAUCCAGCAGACCGAGCUGGAGCUCGAGCGACAGGCCUCGAUCGGCACGAUCACCUCGGCCGAUCGGGCCGGGAUCGCGCGCAUGCGUCGCCUCGCCGAGGAGGCGGUGCGCACCAAGCGCAACAUCCGGGCGCUCGAGGCUCGCCAGGCCCUCAUGCUCGGCCGGGUCGAGGCCGUGUUCCGGUCCGGCAACGCGCGCUGCUACCGACUGUGCGAGAACAACGUCGCGGCCGCCUCCUCACGCCCCAAGCACCACGUCUAUCGGCCCAAGUUGAAGAAAAAGCGAUGCAUCCAGAAAAAUCGUUCGAGGGAGUUCUGGCCGAACGCGUCGUGCCACAGCUGCUGCCACGGCGUCAAGGACCAUCACCACCAUCAUCGCGUGGUGGAAUACGUCGAGUCCAAAUCAGCGCAGGUGCGUAUAACAUUCGAUAAAUUUUUUGCAAUAGCCACGCACGUCGAUGUAUAUGAGUAUCGAUCAUAA